AUGGCGACGUCGAUCGAUGUCCUCGUCGCGCGCCUCGAAGCGGCCGUUGCUCGCCUCGAGGCCUCGCUGCCCUCCCAAUCCUCCACCGCCACGUCAGCUCCCGCCGCGUCCACGUCAGCAGCGGCCAGCGAUCACCCGUCGGUGGUUGCGUUCGACGCGAUCCUGACGGCGAAUCUGCAGAAGGUGACGGCGGCCGCUGAGAAGGUCGGCAGCGCGGAAGUCACGGCAGCGACCAAGGCGCUGGCGGAAGCGUUCGAGGCGGAGAAGAAGAUCGUCGCGGCCAUUGCGGCCUGCAAGAAGCCCGACACGUCAGCGCUGCCGAAGCUGCUGGAGCCGCUGGGAGCGGCGAUGGCGGCGGCGGGGAAGCUGACGGAGGGGAAGCGCAGCGACGCGUACAACCACGUGAAGGCCGUCGCCGAGAGUGUUUCGGCGCUCACGUGGGUCGCCUACUCCGGCAAAGACUGCGGCAUGAGUCUCCCCGGGCCACACAUUGACGAGACCUGGCCUGCUGCUGAGUUCUACACCAAUAAGAUUCUCUCCACCUAUCGUAACGCGGAGGGGGGAGCAGCGCACGUGGAGUGGGCGAGGGCACUAAAGGAGCUGUACACCCAGGGAUUACGGGAGUACGUUAAGAAGUUCCACCUCACCGGACCCUCCUGGUCCGCCUCAGGCCUCGACCUUCCCGCCUACCUCUCCUCCGCCCCUUCCGCCGCCCCUGCGCCCCCGCGCGGAGGUCCCCCGCCCCCUCCGCGCGGGGCCCCUCCCCCGCCUCCGCCCCCGGCUGCGCCAGCGGGCGGAGGGGGCGGAGGGGGCGGGGGCGCGGACAUGGCGAAGGUGUUUUCGGAGCUCAAUAAGGGCGAGGCCGUCACAUCAGGGCUGCGCAAGGUGACAGCGGACAUGAAGACAAAGAACCGUGCCGACCGCUCAGGGGCAGUGCCGGCCAGCAUAGGGGGCAGCAAGGCCACGUCAGCAGGCGCCUCCGCUGCUGCGAAGCCAGCUGUGGUGAAGCCACCCAAGUUCGAGCUGCAGCAAGGCCGCAAGUGGGUGGUGGAGAACCAGGAGGGCAACAAGGAGGUGGUGAUAGCAGACACGGAGCCCAAGCAGACGGUCUACAUCUUUGGCUGCAAGGGCACCGUGGUGCAGGUCAAAGGCAAGGUGAACAACAUCACGCUGGACAAGUGCACCAAGACUGCCGUCGUCUUCCAGGACGUGUUGGCAGCGUGUGAGGUGGUGAACUGCAGCGGCGUGGAGAUCCAGUGCCAGGGCACGGCCCCCACGCUCGCAGUGGACAACACCAGCGGCUGCCAGCUGUACCUCGCUGCGUCAGCGCUGACAGCGUCGAUCACCACCGCCAAGUCAUCGGAGAUCAACGUGCUCGUGCCCGGACCCGAUGCCGACACACCCUGGGUGGAGCAUGCGCUACCGGAGCAGUUUGUGAGUGAGCUCAAGAACGGCACCUUCGUCACCACACCCAUUUCCCACUCUGGAGGCUAA